GACCCCCCGCCCAAGUUUUCCAGCAGCAUCUGCACCUGAGCAGCCUUCACAGUGGUCUUCUUACUCUACCCCACUGGCGCCAGAACCGCCACGGCCGUCGCCAGAGCAGCUGCAGAAGUUGAAGAUCCUUGAAACCCGACUGCAGUUCCAGCAGCAGCAGCUCCAACAGAAGCAGGCCCAAGUGCAGCAACUGAUCUUUGUGAAUCCGCUACAAGCGCAAUUGCAAAUCCAGCAAUUGCAGCAGGACACCAUGAAGUUGCAGCAGCAAUGGGUAGAGUACAGCCAGCAGAAGGCACAGCUCGGCCUGGAGGCAGAUGGUGCACUCACAGAUGCAGGAUUGCCUCCCGCGUCUCAAGAUGUAGCUCCAACGCAGCUGGCGCAGACGGAUGUUGAGAAGCAUCUGACAGAGCUCCUCCAGCGCGAGUUGGGGCACGCCUGA